UUGUGUUUAUCUGAAAUGCUCGUUGCAAUCAUCCUCGCCUACGUCGUUUGUCGUAGGUACGCCGAUCCUAGCAAUGCGCGCAGAAUUGAAAGAUUCGAAGCGCGGCACUCGACCAGAUUGGAACAUGAUGACUACUACUAUCUCGAAGCACGACGCUACACGUACAAAGCGGCCGAGCUAGGAAAGGAGUACAACUACUCCUAUGAAGGAACGAUGCAAUAUGAGGCUAGUGUGAUGAACAUUUAUAAGCCUGGCAUGGCUUUCCGCUCAGUGGUCCGCUGGCAGAAGCUUGAUGACUUGCAUGUCGCAAUGAAGUUUGAAGACCUGAAGUUGGCUAUAAUUGACGAUCCCAAGUUUAACUGGACGAAUGUUGAAAAAUUAACGUACGAGAAAAACGAUCACCUGAGCGAAAUGGUUGAAAAACCCUUUGUCGUAACGUACGCCUACCGUUCAGACGGCGCGGGAUAUAAGUUUCAGCAUCUCGAGACCCAUGCAUUAGACCCUAUGUGGUCCGUCAACUUGAAAAAAGCUUUAGCCUCGUUACAGAACGUGUACCUGCAACCACAAGGCAUACACACCUACGACAGCGUGGAGUCAACAAUUCAUGGCGAUUGUCGCGUCUACUGGAACCAACAAAGUCUUCCGCACUGGACUAACCCUGACGCGAAAGUGCUUAACGUUAGCCGUGUGAUCGAUCAUGAGAAAUGCUCCCGUGCCGCUUCGAAGUUGUACGGAUCCAUCAAGGCAAACCCUUGCGUGAACUGCGAGUCUGUGAAUACGCAUCCUCUAUCUUCGGGCUCGAAUGCUUAUUAUCAGUUCUUUUCAACAGAAAAGAACACGAACUUGGUCUUAGAAAAGGCUUCUUCCCGUUCGACUGUCAGUCAUGCUCCUUAUACGGAAUAUGGCAACGUCGUGAAACUUACGACCAAGCAAAAUCUGAAACUCCUUGAAACUAAGCAUAUAACCGAAAAAUUCGAAGUUCAAGGCGACACACAGGUGUAUCAGACUCUAAACAUGGACUUCUCGACAGAGAAAGGCUUUAAGCGAGCAAUCGAUAUGAAGAAAGCCAAUAGCUACGUUAAAGACUGGGAGUUGAAGGGGUGCAGCAAAAAGGCUAUUGAGAAGUUCAAGGAACUAGCCGCCCUCAGCAACGAUGAAGAAGACCAACUUGGUAUGUUCGACCGUAAGGACCCUGCAAGGUCUUUUAGCGAGGCCAUCAAAGCUGUGUCUUUACUUGACUAUCAAGGAAUGGAGGAAGUGUUCGAUAAGAUUGUGAAAAAAGCCCCUGAAGACAAGAGGACUCAAAUGCACAGGACUUUCGUUGAGGUCACCUCUGCCGCUGGGCACAAUGCUGGUAUCCAAUUCAUCAUAGACAAGAUUACAUCGAAUGAACUCGAUACGCGAUUCAUAUUGUCCUUCCUUAAAGGAAUCUAUAUGGGCAUAUUGGAGUACAGCCAGACCACGUUGGACACUAUUUUAGAUUUUUGCAAGUCUGACCUGAUGAAUACAUUCCCCAGAGAGCGUAUGCAAUGCAUGUUGACAUACACUGCUCUCGUGGACGAGUCCUGCCGUAUGGCAACCUACGCUCCGGAGUACGCCGACCCUGAAUGUCAAGGGCAGAAACUGCAAAAUGAGGUCUUUGACAAGCUCGUUCCCGAGUAUGAGGUAGCUAGAGAGAACCGAGAAGCUUUAAAAAACUAUAUCCACAUUGCCCGCAACCUCAAGACACAAAAAUCUGUCGAAUUCCUUAAGCAGGUCAUAGACGACGAGUCACUCGAGCAUUUCACUCACACCGAUGCUAUGAACGGCAUGAUAGGGAUAGUACCUGCACACAUCUCCCUAAUCCGCAAGAUGGCUGCUGACAUCUACCUCAAUUCAACAAAACCUGCUGAUAUUCGUAUACUUGCUUCGAUUGCGAUAUUCAAGAGCUCUCCGCCACUGAGCCUUUUGGAGGCCAUCGUUGAUGGACUCAAGAACGAGCCGAGUGACCAGGUUAGGUCAUACGUUUUAUCCAUGAUUAAAGAGAUCGACGAGACAAACCACCCUUGCUUCAAGGCAACAGCUCAGCACAUUCGCUAUGUGAUCACCAAGGUAAUUGAUAUGUUCCCAUCAGAAUUCAAAAGGAAGGACUUUCUUACCUCCCAUAUGCAGCUCUCCGCUAGCUACGAUCCAAAAUACGAUUAUGGGGGACAUAUCAUACGCUCUGUGAUCAUGUCCGACUCCUACUUGCCAAGUCAGGUCCACAUCGGAUUCGGAAAUUAUAUGGCAAAUUUCCUGUUUAACAAGUUCGGUUUACUCGUGCGUCAACAAGGAAUGGAGAAACUUACCGACUACUGGCACAGCCCCCGUACAUUAGGAGCCAGCCUUGGCCGCAGUCUGUGGAACUUUUUUGGUCGAAGGCGUCUAGCCCGUGACGCUGCCGGAGCGUCUUCAUAUGAACAAGAGCUGGACGAGAAGCUGAAGCUUAAACAUAGGAAGUACAAGCCCAUGCGUUUCGAAAUGCAGUUGAGCGCGUUCGGACACGACCUUAAUCUCAUUAGUCUCAAUGAGAGUCACUUUGCACCCUUGAUAUCGGCGGAUCACGCCCCAAGCAGUCUGCUUAAGCAACUCUUGUCUGCUGACAUGGAUGUUCACCGUUUCGUAAACUUUCACCAUGUGACUUUUGAGAUUCCCACCGAGGUCGGUCUGCCUGCGUUGGUCCAUGUGGAGAUGCCUGCAGUGAUCUCGUACAAAAACAAAAAUUCGUCGUUCGAUUUGACGAAGGAGGGCGUCGUGAAACUGAAGUUAAACCACCGUCUCGUUAUCGAUACGCGUCUCAAGGAGCAUUACGCAUUCAAAAUUCCCGGCAUGCAAGUAGCUAUUGGAAUAGGUUUCAACAAGCGCAUCGGCCUUAACCUGCCCAUAAAUUUCGCUGCGGACGUUAACUUGGCUACCAGCAAGGUACAAUUCAAUAGGGAUUUUCAGCUGCCUCGUGAUGUCGUUGACUAUCAUUUCCAACCAUACGUGUUCCAACAUCAUUGUAACAAUCCUGAUAAUGACAAGUACGAGCCUCUCUUCAAAACUGAGGAGCUAAAAGAGAUGAAAGCGAACAUGCUUGGAGAUUUCCUCGGCGUCAAUUUUGAGAUUAAGGGCCACCAUUUACCCGAUGACGCCAUCUACGAGGACUUACCCGACUGGCUAUAUAAGUACGAUUGCAAGCAAAAAUUCUACUAUUGGAUCACUAAUCCGCAAUGGCAUCCUCGCAAGUUCCAUCUAAGCGUUCAGCCUGCUGAGACCGACCCUACUACUGGCUUGAUUCUGACAAUCAAGCACAAGAUAACACCGCCAGAGGCUCUGGAACGCCCCUCUUCGAGCUUCCAGGAAUUCCAGGCAGAUCUGCCUGCGUCAUUUGUUCACGUAUUGCAUGUCUCCAAUGAGUUUAGGGGUAACAAAAAGCGCAAAUCCGAAUUGGAAAUCCGUUAUUCGUACACGCCUGACCGUACGAGCCAUUGGUUCCAGAUGUUCUAUGAUCGUACACCGUUCUCAAGCAACGAGAAGGAUAACUUAAAAAUAUGUAUGCUUGGCAAAGUCAAGCAGACGAUCACCGAUUGGCAGAAACUGACCCAUGACGAAGUCCAGCGUAUCAAUAAUGGCCAAAACAUCGAAGUCGAAAUUAAUUUACACUACGGCAAGGACUGCAAAAGUGGACCUGAGGUGGCUGUUCAUGCUGUAUAUGACCAUAGCAAUCAGCAGAAGGAGUGGCUAGAAGAACUUGAAACUGGCAUAGAAAAGACUCGUACAGGCUACCUUAGCAACCCUUACAUGACAAACUACAGGAGGUGUACAAAAGGGCUGGCCAAGGGUUUGGUGAUGCCGAUCGCAUGCCACAAAUUUAUUAUUCACUCUAGUCAGUUGAAUCGAAUGGUAAUGGAGAUCAAGUUCAACAAGCAAGUACGCCUCGACGAGAACCCUUAUCUAUCGACGGUAUAUGUCAUCGCACGUUCAGCUUACUAUCCAUACCUGCGAAAAUAUUACUUGCGACCAAAUAACACGAUACCGGGCCAGAUCCACAUCAAAUCCGUCGUGCGGACUCCAGAUUUUAAUAAACGAGUGACCGACAUCGAGUUCAAGGGACCGCGUCAUACGUCCGUAUGGAAGAGCGUUCCCAUUUCGCAUGGCGCGCACUGGGCACCGAAAACGGCUACCCACCUUGGAAUGACCAAUCUCCAGAGCUACUCUCGUAAAUGGUACCAUCGCUUCUGCGACAUCCAGAAAAACUCUGUAGCUACGUUUGAUAGCGUCAUCUACGAGAUGCCCGAGAGCAAAUGCUGGAAGGUUCUAACCAAAGAUUGUUCAGAGAACCACCUCUUUACCCUGCUAAUUAAGGAUACCGUUGAUAACAGGAAGGUCGUCAAGCUCAUUAUGGACAUGCAUAUAUUCGAAGUCAACUACGUUGGUGAAAAGAUCAUGUUAAAGAUGGAUGACGCUGAAGAAGAACUUGUCGUUGGUCUGCCGAAGAUCGUUAAGAACGAGCAUAACAUCCCCACCCACAUCUUUAAGAACAUAAACGGUCAUUUCAUGAUCGACGUUCCUGUCGACGGCAUCUACGUGCUCGGCAUCCGCUCGGCCGUAUUCGUUCAGGUGGCGCCCUACUACCGCGGCAAACUAUGUGGUCUCUGCAGUGAUUUCAAUCUCGACCGCCAGCACGAGUUCCAUACGACCGAUGGCUGUCACCACAAUACACCGUGGUCAUUUGCGUACAACUUUGUCGUGCCCGACGACACCUGCAGCGUUCCUGAAGCGACAGGUGCCGAUAGGUCCCACUGUGAAAACGACCAGGAUCAUGUAGCCUAACAGCUGUGUCCAAAAGAACGAACUCGUCAGGCACAACAGCAAUACAAGGACUAGCGAGUAAAUGGCACCAUUUGGCUAGGAAGAGAAAUAGAUUUGAGCGAAUCAAUCCAACUGAAAUGAAACCAAGUGGCUAAAUUCUCAAAAUGCAGUAAAUCAACGAAUACAUUAAAUUCAAGAUAUCCCGCCAUUAUAACAGUCCCACGGAUCAAAGCGAAGGUACAGAAAAAUAACAAGGAAAAUCAAUGUAUGCUCUGUUUGAUGAUGGGCGAUAUAGAUGAUGUCCUAAUAUAAAACGUAUCCACUUUGAAAAAGAACGAGACGGUCCAUAAAAUCUGCUGAACGAAUGGUUCUUGAUCUAUUGAGAUAUGUAGUAUGGAGGAUUUCAGCUAGCGCAAAUAUUAAUUACUGAGUAAUAUUGAACAAGUACAUACGUGACAUUCGGCAAGAAUUGACAAUGCCAAAUUACUGGCUGUUUCCACGUGCCUUCACAAAGAACGCGCGUAAGCAGCGGACAACGGAAAGCUAAAAGUGUAAGUAAAAGUAUAAAUAAAAAGGUGUUUUAUUCUA